GCAAUAUCAAUAUCGUUUCAUUCCAAUGUUUGCUUCUCCCCUCUCUCUCCCCUUUCACUUCACACCAGUGCUCAUUUUCACUUCCCCAUACUCUCCCUUUUACCAUUCUACCUGCGUUAAACCCCCCUAGAAUCUCCCGCCACUUUUCACUAUCUUAUGAUAUACCUUCCCCUGUUCAGCUUCUUCUAGAGUACCCUCAUACUACAUUAUUUUUUUCUCACUUUUCUUCCAUACCCAUUUCCCAUAAUUCUAUUUUAUCCUCGAAUGUAUCAAUAGUUCCUCGAUCAGACUCAUUUGUUCACUAAAUUUCUCUUCUUUUCUUCUUUUUUUUUUUUUUUGGGGGGGGGGGGGGGGUGAUCUGCAUUAUAGUGGGGUUAUAAAUGGGGAUUGGGAAGAACAUGUCUGAGACAAAAGGGAGGGUGUUGGGUGAAUUGCGUGAAGAGACCAAUACCAACAACAACAACAACAACAAAUCAAGGAGGAACCGGAGACAUCGUCAGAGGAAGAUGUCGCCGGGUCAGAAACUGUUUCAGACGUGUAAUGAAGUGUUUGCUUCUACUGGCCCUGGGAUUGUUCCUUCCCCUCAAAACAUUGAAAUGCUUCUCUCUGUUUUAGGUGGAAUAAAACAAGAAGACGUUGGCUUGAAGCCUGAAAUGCCAUUUUUCAGUUCAAACAAUCCUCGAAGAACUCCAAAAAUUACAUACCUGCACAUUUAUGAGUGUAAAGAAUUCUCGAUGGGAAUAUUUUGCUUGCCACCUUGUGGAGUUAUUCCUCUUCACAAUCACCCUGGAAUGACGGUUUUCAGUAAGCUUCUGUUUGGAACCAUGCACAUCAAAUCUUAUGAUUGGGUCGUUGACUUGCCUCCUCACAUGCCUACCAUUGUCAAACCAUCGUCAGAAACCCUGACUCCAGAUAUGCGAUUGGCUAAAGUAAAGGUUGAUGCUGAUUUCAAUGCUCCUUGUGACCCCUCCAUCCUUUAUCCUGCUGAUGGGGGCAACAUGCAUUGGUUCACAGCAGUGACAGCUUGUGCAGUUCUAGAUGUUCUUGGUCCUCCAUACUCUGAUCCUGAUGGCAGGCACUGCACAUACUACCAGAAUUUCCCUUUCUCCAACUAUUCAGUAGAUGGACUAUCCAUACCAGAGGAGGAAAGAACAGCAUAUGAAUGGCUUCAAGAGAAGGAGAAACCUGAGAAUUUAAAAGUAGUUGUCAACAUGUAUAGCGGCCCAAAGAUUGUGGAGAACUAAUGUUGUCUUGUCACCUAACAUCUUCCUGUUCCUAUGAUCUCUUGUGCGGUCAAAUGAUAUUCCUGUGAAUCAUUUGUCUCAUUCUAUCCCAUUUGAUGCCACCCUUUUGUCCUCUAGUGAACCUUGGUCUAUCUUUAUACCUUUUUUAGUAUUUUUAUUUUCUUCUGCAUGGAACAUGAGGCACUUAAUUGGUGCUGUUUUGAACCUACAGUUAGUUAUUAUGUUCAUACAAAAAACAGCAAAAGACAAAGGUGACGGCUUACACUGGAAGAUAGUAUCAAACUGAAGGUGCAUAUUGCAUAGAAAUGAACUGUUUUUUUUUGUUUUUAAAGAGGUGCUCGGUUUGUAGAAGGAUUUAUUUAAUUUAAUUAGUUUGAUGCAAAAAAAAAAAAACGGUGCAUUUAGUGAA